CCUCGCAAUCUUAGAAACUCGCAUGUUUAUGCUAACACGUAAACGUACUGACACAGAGCGUCAGCAUUAAGUACUGAAGUACUGGACAGUUUACAGUGACUACAAGGUGCAAUCCGUUCUAAUGGAGUCAGAAAGUGCGGAUGUGGUGCAGUCAUUGGGUCCUGAGGAUGAACCAGCCUCUUCAUCCGUGUCAGUUAACACUGAAAAUGACAACUCAAGCCAAAAUACUGAGAUUAGCAGUAAGGACACUUCACAGAAGGCCGGCCAGGUGAAGCAACUGUGCCGCUUCUACUCUCAGGGCAGGCAAUGCUAUUAUGGGAAAAAAUGCCGCUUUCUUCAUCAAAGAGCUGCGAGUGCACAGAAGGACGGAGAGAAUGGUACAGCUCACAAUGAGAAAGAAGGAAAUUUGGAUGGUCACACAUCAGACCCACAGAAGCAGUCGAGUGAAAACGGACGCUCUGGUACAGUGGAGCAUCUGCCUCCAUCCAGCCACAAAACUGUUCCUGUGAAGCAAGAGAGAGCCAGGCGACCAUGCCGCUACUUCCUGUCUGGGUUUUGUGCAAUGGAGGACCGGUGUCGCUUCUUGCAUCCACAGCAAUUUUCGCCCAUGGAGGACCAGCCUCAUGGCCCGAAAAAGAGAAGCAGCUUCAGGCCUUCUGCUCCGGCCACACGGCCAGCUAAAAGUCAAGAGCAGGUCAAACUGGCUGAUCUCACUGAUGAGGUCUGCAAGCAGCUGAGAGCCACUGAGAUCGCUCAGCUCACGAAGAGAUUUCCAAAAGACAAACUCAUCGUGCAGGAACGAGAAGAUGGACAGCUGACCUACUACAGAGUCACUGUUCAAGCCACGGACCCUGACUGGCCAUUUGACCUUACUGAAGUGGACGUCAUGGUCAGCUUUCCUGAGCGUUACCCUCAAGAGGUUUUCACUGUGGAUGUCCCUGAAGACCAGGAAUUACCAUCAGUCAUGGGGAGACAUGUGCAGAAGGCCUCAGAGGAAUGGCUAAAGGCUAAACAUGCCACUAAUCAGCUGAUGGGGAGAGUCGAGCUGCUCUUCAGGCCGUAUUUGCGCUGGCUGGACCGUAGUAUGGAGAAACUUUUUACUGAGGGAGCCAGGCAGUUGAAAAAAGAUGUUGACCUAGAGAGGGCUGGAAUACAGUUUGUCCCCUAUGAGCAACUCAAGGUCACCGUUUUUAAGAACACAUCCAAGAAAUCGGACACUCCUGAGCGUAUAGUGUCACUUACUGUGUGUAAAGUGGAUUCUGACCUGACCCUGACCGGGCGUCUGACCUGUACUGCUCAGUGUGAGAAAUGUCAAGCAGGGGUCAGGGCUGCCUUCAGACCCAGUAUGCUGCACCACUACAGUGAUGUUUUGGGCUAUCUGGACCUUAAUGCAGUUGUGCCUGUAGAUCUGGUACUGAAGGACUCUGUGUUCACUGUGGGUUGCCUUAACUGCAACAAGGAAGACACAGUUCAGAAUCUGACUUAUGGUCAAAACUGGGAGCAAAACUGCCAACAUUGUCAUACCAAACUCAGCAUUUUUGUAGAGGCGACACGUUUCCAGUUCAUUCAGCCAGAGUCCAGAAAUCAGACAGGUGCAGCUGCCCAAUACACUCGAUGCUACAGAGAUCCUGCGGUUCAGCAAGGGAAACCCCUACCUGAUAAAGGAGCCUGCAGGCAUUUUAAACAAAGUCACCGGUGGCUAAGAUUUCCAUGCUGUGGUCGGGCGUACCCAUGCGACGUGUGCCAUGAUGAAGAUCAGGACCAUCUGAUGGAGCUGGCCACCAGAAUGAUCUGUGGUUAUUGUGCCAAAGAGCAGCCAUACUGCAGCGGUAAACCAUGUGUUGGUUGUGGAGGUAUGAUGACAAGAGCAGCCUUCUCAAGCCACUGGGAGGGUGGACAGGGCUGUAGAAACAAGGUUAAGAUGAGCAGGAACGACCGGCAAAAAUACGCCAAUACAUGUAAAACAGUGGCAAAGAAAAAGACUAAAGCCUAAAAAGUAACUAAAGAUACCAGAGGACCUUAUUUUCAGCCAAUCAGAUGAUACAUGGCUAGGUACCUAAUCAUGUUUGUCAUCAAAUCACAUUUUUAGAUUUUCUUUUCAGAUGAUUUCACAAAAUUAUUUUCUUGCAAU